AUGGGUUCCGGUAAGAGUUUUGACGUUCUGAAGGAUGAUGAAGAAAGCGGUUUGAAUGCAUUGUACGACGCCGUUCAUGGAGGAGGGGACGUCUGGAUCAACGACAACAGGUUCAAGAUCGUAAGGCAACUCGGUGAAGGUGGGUUCGCCUAUGUUUACCUGGUGAAGGAAGUCGUAUCCGAUUCCUCUUCAGCUUUGGCUAGUGGAUUAGCCAAAAAAGUUAAGGACCCUUCAAACCUCUCGGUCUACACAAGAAGGAUCAUCGAACCAUGUAUGAUUUCUAGAAAGGAAUUUUUUUCUGCCUCAGAUGUUCUUCAAAUAUUUCGGCAGCUGUGUGCAGGACUUAAACAUAUGCACAAUUUUGAGCCUCCGUAUGCACAUAAUGAUGUCAAGCCUGGUAAUAUUCUUUUAUCCAGUAGAAAAGGGAAAUGGCCAUUUUCAAUAUUGAUGGAUUUUGGGAGUGCUCGUCCUGCAAGGAAGCAAAUUCGCUCUCGUUCGGAGGCACUACAGCUUCAGGAAUGGGCAUCUGAGCACUGUUCAGCACCUUUCCGAGCCCCUGAAUUGUGGGAUUGCCCCAGUGAUGCAGAUAAUGAUGAAAAAACUGAUAUUUGGUCGUUGGGUUGCACUUUAUAUGCAAUAAUGUAUGCUGUAUCCCCUUUUGAGUAUGCAGUUGGAGAAUUCGGAGGAAGCCUGCAAUUGGCUCUUGUAAAUACACAGAUUAAGUGGUCAGCCGGACCUAACCGCAAUAUCCAGAAGAUCUUCGACAAUUUGUUACUUGGAUGCUUCAGCCUCAAGCUGCUCUUCGCCCUUGCAUAG